UGGGCAUGGCGACCGUCCGGAAGCCAGUGCUGCUCGGGCUUCGGGACACCGCGGUGUGCGGCAGCCCCACGGGGCCGGACGCCUGGACUGCUAGCAAGCUGGGCGGCGUUCCGGAUGCUCUGCCCGGCGUGGCGGCGCCGAGGCCGGCGUGUGAACGCUGCGGGCAGCCGCUCGCUCUGGUCGUGCAGGUGUACUGCCCGCUGGAAGCCUCCCCGUUUCAUCGGUUACUGCACGUGUUCGCUUGCGCCUGCCCCACCUGCGGCCACGGCGGGGCGCGCUGCUGGAAGGUGUUCCGCUCCCAGUGCCUGCAGGUGGGAGAGAAAGACGCGCUGGACUCUCAGAAACAGGAAAAUGACUUUGAUGCUGAGGACUGGUGUGAAGGUGCCACUGACUGGGGAAGUGACGUUGAGGAGGUGCCUUCACCACAGCUUACCUUGGAUUUUGGAAACGAUCCCCACAGUGCCAGAGACAUAGACUGGACCUCCCAGCUGCAGGGCCUUCAGCUGCAGGAUGCAGUCCCGGGUGCAAUUCAGCCUAUACCUCCUAAGGAGUGGGAGGCCUCGUCUGUUGCUGCUGUGGUGCCGCAGUUCCUGCCCUACUACAUCUGCGUUGCAGAUGAGGAUGACUACAGGGACUCUGCCAGCCUAGCUCACGCGCACAGCCUUCUCAGGGACUAUCAACAGAGAGAGGGAAUUGCUGUAGAACAGUUGCUUUCCCAGAGUAUUUCUAGUGAUGGUGAUGAAAAAUACGAGAAGACUGUAAUUAAAAAUGGAGAUCAGAUGUUUUACAAAUUCAUGAAGAGAAUUGCUGCUUGUCAGGAGCAGAUCUUGAGGUAUUCCUGGAGUGGAGAGCCACUCUUUCUGACCUGUCCUAUGUCAGAAGUCACUGAGCUUCCAGCCUGCAGCCACUGUGGAGGCCAAAGGACAUUUGAGUUUCAGCUUAUGCCAGCAUUGGUCAGCAUGCUCAAGAGUGCUAAUUUAGGUGUCUCUGUGGAAUUUGGAACAGUUCUAGUGUACACAUGUGAGAAGAGUUGUUGGCCUCAAAGUCAUCAGACUCCUAUGGAAGAAUUUUGUAUUAUACAGGAAGACCCAGAUGAACUAUUAUUUAAGUAGAGAAUUUUUUAUUUAUCGAAUUAAAAUAACUUUUAAUGUUCAAAU